AUGUCAUCAUCUACCGCAAAGCUAUAUCCUCCGUCCAAGGAAGCCUCCUCCACAGCUCCCACCAAUCCCCUCCCUACCCUCCUCCAAACCCCGUCAGGCCUAGCCAUACUCGAGCUCCAAGGAACCCUGAACCUCCCUCAAGAUGCCAAUGGAGAGGCUCUAAAGGAUGUAGAGGCGGGUAGACUAGAAUUUCCGGAUUAUUCACCAGACGCCAUCGGCACUGCCUGGAUGAAGCGAGUCCACUUGUAUAUUGGGCAACAUCAGCGUCUGCAUGGCGAGGUGAAGAAACUUCCCAAGGCGAUUGCCGUGGUGAGGAAACGCCAAAAUAAAAUGCUACAGAGCUCCGCUGGGCCUUAUAUGGAACAAGGGGAUAACCUGGAGGUGGUGGAGAUUGUCAAGUACAAGCUCAUGUUUACGACUCGGCCAGAGCCUGUUGGAACGGCUCAUGCGCCAGCUUCAUGAUGGGAUGAAAGGCGAAAGACGAAAGGCGAAAGGCACGAAUCCUUUGUGCUUCAAGAAGAAUAUUGGGAUCUUAAUUCUUAAUUCCUCAUUCAACAGCAUGCUCUAUACAUUUCUCUGUUUCAUAUAAGACAGAUCCUGUAUAUUGAUACCGAUAUCUCGCCGAGCACAAUUUCUAAC